AUGAACAAAUUAUCAUUAAUACAAUUGUUUAUAUUCACUUUUGUUAUUUUAACAAUAAACAUAAACAGUGCUAAUACAGAUACAUAUGACAAACGUGCAAGUUUGGCAUAUUUCAAACGUCGAAGUGAAAUAUCCGAUUCAACAUCUGAUUCACCAUCUAAACGUGCAACAUUAUACUAUUAUAAACGUGGUCAAUAUGAUCAACAACCAAGAGGAAUACAUAAUAUAAGACAAAUUGCUGAAAUUUGUCCAUGUUUAAAUAAAGAUUAUUUACAUUGGCUUGAAGAAAAUCUACUAAUCAGUAAACAUAAUAAUAAUAAUGAGGAUGAUCAUAAUCUGGAAUCAGAAAAACGUGCAAGUUUAUCUUAUUUCAAAUAA